AUGUCCGACCUCAACGCCGUCCCCCCAGGCCUGGUCUACGGCUUCGAACACGCCUCCUUCAGACUCCGCAUGACAGCCGCUGUCUUCCUAGCCCUGGGCCUCUUCAACUCGCUCGAGCUCAUCGUGCUGGUGUGCUGGACCUUCCGGCAAUGGCGCGGCCUGUACUUCUGGUCCCUCCUGAUCUCGUCAUUCGGAAUAAUCCCCUACGUCAUCGGCUCGAUCCUGCACUACUGGAACAUCGUGCCGCUGCCCGCCAGUCUGACCGUCGCAUACGUCGGCUUCAUCUGCAUCGUCCCCGUGCAGAGUCUGAUCCUUUACUCGCGCCUGUAUCUGGUCUUCUACUACGCCAAGGUGCUCCGCGUCAUGCUAGACGUCAUCAUUGCCGUCUCGGUGUCCUUGCUCAUCCCCAACACAAUCGCAAUGUUUGGGUCUGCGUUCAUCCGCCGCCCAAGCUGGAACUACGCGUACAACGUCACCGAGCGUCUGCAGGUUACCGGCUUCGCUGUCCAGGAACUCCUCAUCUCGCUGCUGUACAUCUACUCCACCGUCCGGCUGCUCCGUGUAAGUCCGGAGGGGAAAGACCGCGUCAAGCGGAUCAUGUACGAACUCCUCGGCAUCAACGCGUUCACGAUUGCGCUGGAUAUCGCGGUGAUAGUGGUGGAGUAUCUGAAUUUCUACUCGCUGCAGAUCUGCCUCAAGGUGUUUGUUUACAGUAUCAAAGUGAAGCUUGAGUUCGCGGUUCUGGGCCGGCUGGUUGCGAUUACGACCACCAGACGAACGAAGCAGAGGGAUCGGGUGCGCAGGACGUCGUUCAUCACGCAUUCGUAUGUGCUGAGUGAUUUUACGAAUGGGGGGACGGUCACGGAGAAUGAGGAUGGCAUUGGGAAUGAGCAGAGGCCGCUUUCUGUUAAUGUUGACCAGGUUGAUCGGCCUGUUGAUGGGUUUGCGGAUCGGGUGCCGGUGCAGGAGCAUGAAGGGGAUCGGGGGAUCUCUACUGGGAGCAAUCCUUCUACUCAGAGGAUAUCGUGGGCGGAUGGGACCAGAUCGUCUAGCAAUUGA